AUGGAUCAACUUUUGCCAGGGGUUUCAAACAUAUCCAUUGCUAAUGAUUCAAACGGCAAUAUUAUCAUCACCAACGCGCGACUACCGUUUGCUGACAAGGCAGAGUCGUCAAAGACAUGGGCGAUAGAGAUCCACGCAGGCCGGGUGGUAAAAGUAUCAUCCUCAAACGACGACGAUGAUGACGCAGUUGGAACACCCGAGUCUAGGGAUCCAUCUACUUGCACAGCGGUGGAUGCACAAGGCGGCUUGGUGUUGCCCUCCGAUUUCCGGGAAGCCAUGCAGGUCACAAAGGCUGCAAAAUCGGAAUUUCCUAAACGGCUGGAAGACCUGCAUGCCCGCGGGGCACGCAUAAUCGAGGAAAGCGUCGAACAUGGCGUAACAGCCAUACGCGCACACGUCGAAAUAGACACCUCGGUCGGAUUCGCCUGCCUCGAAGCCGCGCUGACGCUCCAGCGCGAGUACCGCGCGCAUUGUGACGUGCAGAUAGCCAUAUUUGCCCAGGAACCGCUCUUCGAUUCUGGGGGUUCUGUGGAUCAUCGGAAACCAGGUCGCAAUUUCGAGCUUCUGGAGGAGGCGUCUCUACGCCAUGGUGUUAGCGUCGUCGGCUCCGCGCCGUACGUGGAGCCCAGUAUCGCGCAGGCCAAAAUGAAUGUUGGGCUCAUCUUUGACAUCGCGGACGCGCGGGGCAUUGAUCACGUCGACUUCCACCUGGACUAUAACCUCGACCCAGAGUCCGAACCGCUCAUUUAUGAAGUAAUAGCACAGGCCAAAAAGCGAUACCAGACUACACCGCGCGGAGAUCCGGACGGUUCGCAGCAGGCUAUGGUCAGCAGUUCCAGGUCGAGCAUCGACGCCGAGGACGCAGCGGACGCCCCAAUUAGUCACACCACCUCUCCCAGCAAACGUCCUUGUCCGCGCAUCACCAUAGGGCACGCGACGCGUUUGCAGUUAUUCUCGCCAGAGCAGUGGCGUGCGCUUAUCGACGCCAUAUCUGACCUGCCCAUCGUGUUUGUGGGGCUGCCCCAGUCCGAUAUGUACAUGCAAGGGCGGUCCUUCUGGGACGCUCCCCUAGGCGCGCCGCGGGGCACCCUGCGCGUGCCGUAUCUGCACGAGAAAUACGGUAUUGAGAUUGCUAUGUCGGUCAAUAACGUCGAGAACGCGUUUACGCCCCAGGGCUCGCUCGAUCCGCUGUCCUUGUGUACGUUUGGGGUAGGCGUCUUCCAGGCGGCUACUCCCGCUGCUAUUCGAAGUUUGGUGCGCUCCGUCACACUCACCUCCAAACGCGCGAUGGGCCUCGACCUCCCCUACCUAAACCCAACUCCGCGCGAUCUGACGCCGUCCAUCGGGGACACCGCCGACUUUGUCAUCCUUCACAAACGCGCCUCGCUACAGAGCGCGGUGCUUAACCCGCCGUUCGAGCGCACGACGAUCAAGGCGGGCAGAGUCGUCGCGUGCAAACGCGGUGCGGCGUGGUUGGCGCCUAGGUGA